CAGCUCAUUCUGUUUCUCGCCAUCGAACCGUUCGGACGUAGCUGCGGAUCUCUGACGUCGUGGUCCGGUUUAACUCGCCUCGUUGAAAACGUUCGCCUAGUGAAUUAUUAUUGAGAUACAUUGGACUUAUAAGCGUAGCUAAAGAAAUUCGAAUCCGCAACCGUAUUGAGUGUGUGCGUGUGUUUUUGUGUUUGAAUAUUAUUGUAACGCAACCGUCGUGGAGUCGAGUGUCCAAGUGUCCAGUCUAGUCCUGUGCAACGAAGCAGAGAUCAAUGCGAGCAAUGCGACGCACAUAAAGUGAACAUAACAAUAAAAGCAAAUAAUAAUAAAAGCAGUAAAACGAAGCAACAACAACUAAAAACCAAAAACCAAAACAAAAACAAGUAGUAGUAGAAGCGAAGGCAACUCGUUGCAAGAUUGAGCAACUGCUGCCACUUAGAAUGGCCACCAACACAGAGCUGCUGCCCUUCCACCAUCAGACGACAAUAUCGCUGCAAACAGCCGCCGCCCUCACCAACUAUCAUGGAGGCGGUGGCGGUGGCAACUCCGGUGGCAGCGGCGGCGGUGGCGCCCCAGCUGGUGGCAUGCCAGCUGGCUCAGCGGCCGCCUGGAACAUGGACGAACUAUAUCAACAGACUGAGCUGCCCGGCCUGACACGCAACGCCCACCACCUGCUGCGCUUCACGCCCUACGCCCUCCAUCAUCGUCCCCAGCUGCAGACGCUGCCACCCGCACUCUACUUGCAACACGCUGCCGCCGCCGCCGCAGCCGCCGCGGCAGCAGCAGCAGCCGCUGCACAUGCACAGCAUCAUCACCAUCAUCAUCAUCAUCAUCAACACAGAGCCGCCUCGCCAGAGAGUCCGCCACCCAUCGAGGGCACCCACAUCAGUAAUCUGUUCCCGGAGCUGCUCGAACAGAUCUUCGAGCAUCUGCCGGUGCGGGAUUUGGGGCGUGCCGCACAGGUGUGCAGUGCGUGGCGCGAUGCCGCCUAUGCGAAGAGCGUGUGGAAGGGCGUCGAGGCAAAGUUGCAUCUGAAACGCUCCAGUCCCAGUCUCUUCAAUUGCCUCGUGCGUCGAGGCAUCAAGAAGGUGCAGAUCCUCUCGUUACGGCGCUCCCUCAAGGAUUUGGUGUUGGGAGUGCCGGCGUUGACAUCGCUUAAUCUCAGCGGUUGCUUCAAUGUGGCCGACAUGAAUCUCGGACAUGCGUUCAGCGUGGAUUUGCCCAAUCUGAAGACGCUCGAUUUGUCGCUCUGCAAACAGAUCACGGACACAAGUCUCGGCCGGAUUGCGCAGCACCUCAAGAACCUGGAAACCCUUGAGUUGGGCGGCUGUUGCAACAUCACCAACACAGGAUUGCUCCUCAUUGCGUGGGGACUGAAGAAGUUGCGGCACCUGAAUCUGCGUUCCUGCUGGCACAUCAGUGAUCAGGGUAUUGGUCACCUGGCUGGCUUUAGUCGCGAGACCGCCGAGGGUAAUCUGCAGCUGGAGUACUUGGGGUUGCAGGAUUGCCAGCGGCUGAGCGACGAGGCAUUGGGGCACAUAGCACAGGGUCUGACCUCACUAAAGUCCAUCAAUCUGAGCUUCUGCGUCUCGGUGACGGACAGCGGACUGAAGCAUCUGGCACGCAUGCCCAAGCUGGAACAGCUCAAUCUGCGCUCCUGCGACAACAUCUCCGACAUUGGCAUGGCCUAUCUCACCGAAGGCGGCAGUGGAAUCAAUUCCCUCGACGUCAGCUUCUGCGACAAGAUCAGUGAUCAGGCAUUAACACACAUUGCCCAGGGACUGUAUCGCCUACGUUCGCUGAGUUUGAAUCAGUGCCAGAUCACGGAUCAGGGCAUGCUGAAGAUCGCCAAGUCGCUGCAUGAAUUGGAGAACCUUAACAUCGGUCAAUGCAGCCGGAUUACGGACAAGGGGUUGCAAACAUUGGCAGAGGAUCUGACGAAUCUGAAGACUAUCGAUCUCUAUGGCUGCACACAGCUGAGCUCGAAGGGCAUCGACAUCAUCAUGAAGCUGCCCAAGCUGCAGAAGCUCAAUCUGGGACUGUGGCUGGUCAGAUGAUGCGUUCACCACGAUUGCAACGCUUGUGCUGCUGCCGAGGCGGAGAAGUUAAAGAAGAGGAAGCAGCCGCAGCAAGACUAGCCAGCGACUGUGUUGCAUGGGUGUGUGUGCGUGUGCGUAUGCGUAUGCGUGUGACUUUGGUGACUUUAGCGGCGCAUCUUCUUUGACUUUGUCUUCCUUCGUCGUCUACCUGCGUGUUGCAUGUCUCAGAUGUGAAGGCAAGGCACGUAAUUACACACACCAGCAAACUCACUCGCACACACACACACUCACACUCGCUGACUCGUGAACACAAAACUAAGGAAAAAAAAACAAGAUACACUGAAAACUCAUAGCUUUCGUUUGCCAUACCACACGCUGUACUCAAUUUUUUUGUUGUUUUUCGUACGAAUCGAGUAGAAACAGAAACAGAAACUGAAACGCCAGCGACAGAGACAGAGCCAGAGAGAGGGCAGUCAGGCAGAGAGCGAGAGAGUGGGAGAGGUAGAAAACAACAAACGCCAACAACAAAAAGCAAACAAUGAACAAAACACACACACAUAUACAUACAUACAGUGACUGCGACAGCGACGUUGGCAGUGAAGUCGACGCUCUCAUGGAGCUGAAGCUCGCGCUCUGCAAGUCUCGUCUGCGUUGCCGCAGGUUCCUAAGGGGCUGGCAGCGGCGCACUCUUGUUGUGUGUGUGUGCUGUGGGGGGAGGGGAAGGCGCGUCAGCUUACACGCACGCAGCGCAGCGCAGCGACGAAAAAAAUAAAAUGGAAACGAGAAAAACAAAAAACAUACACGGCUGCAGCUAUGGCCGACGGCGGCAACAAAGUGCAUGGCGAUGGAGACGCGCGAUAAGCGUCGAGAGAGCGGGGAGUAAAGCGUAAAGCACACACACGAUGCUAGCAAACAUACACACACACACACAAAAAUGCUGCGUGCAUAUGUGUGCGUGUGUGUAAUGCAGGCCGCAGUUAAACAGAUGCAAAUAAAUUUAAAUAGUUUAUUUUAAUUCACGCUUCGGCAACAACAGAAACAACAGCAGCAAGCAACAACAAAAGCCAGCGUCCUCCAUCGCAACAGCAACAACAUGAGAACGAACGCAGUCGCAGCAAUGGCGGCAACUGCGACGCCAGCAGCGACGUCGACAGCGCUUUAAGCUUGCCCGCAACGGCAACGACAACAACUACAACAACAGCAACAACGACAAAGUCUACUACAGAAAAAAAGUUUGCUCUUUGUUGGCGCUCUCUGUCUCUGCCUUUUGUUAGAAAUACUUUAUUUUUUUUUAUACGUAUUUGGCCCAACGAGAUUCUUUGUGCUGAACUUUAUUUUGUGUUUUUGUUUUUCGUUUGUUUCGCAUUUGUUUAGUGCAGCGUCGUUAGUUAUGCCGUUUAAUUUAGUUGAUGAUUAAAAUAAAAUACAAAAAACGAAACAAAACAAAACAUGUUAAUAGUAGACACUUAACGAAAAUUAAUAAAUCUACAUUUAAGCUUUAGUUUUUAACUUGGUCAAACAUCAAUUAGUCAAAUAACUCAAAACUGAAAAAAAACAACUUUGUUUAUUAGCAAAAAAACAAAAGGAAAACGUUAAUGAAAAUUCUGUACAUUUUUUAUUGUUUAAUUUAUAAGUAAGAACUUAACAAAACGAAAAAAAACCUAAAAAAGAAAACACAAAAAAAACUUAAACGAUUGAAAAGAAUAUGCGAAUUAAUUCUUUUUUCUAUUGUGAUAUAAAAUAUAUGUAUAAACAAGAAAAAAUUAAAUGAUAAAAACAAGAAUUACGUAAUUUUAUUUUUAACUAAGCAAAGACAAAAACAACAAAAAGAAAAAAGUACGAUAUAAAACAAUAUGUUAUACAAUGUAUAUGUAUAGUAACUAUAAUUAAGUCUAGUUUUCAGAUCUGUUCCAUUUAGCUAAAGACCCGAUAUCUGUCAGUUUUGUUAAUUCUUAUACUUAUUCUUAUUACUGAUUAUUUGGAUCGCAAUAUUUAUAUGCCUUAUUUGAUAUGACAGAAAAACUACAAAUAAAAUAAAAUAAAAUACAGCAAAUGUCA